AUGACAAGCGAUGGAAGUCGUAAACGACGUCGUAGCAUGAGCGAGGAGCGAAGAUCAGAGACGGAUAGAAGGAGACAGAAGAGGGAUCCUUCAGUAGAGGGAGGGAGAAGACAUCGGAACGACGAUAGAAGAGUCAGUCGGCGUACGUACGAUGACGACCAUUACAGACGACAAAGAUCUUCGGAGCGUCGUUAUUAUCGGAGGAGAUCUCUGACUCCACCGCGACGAUCACGAAGACGGACGAGCGUUUCGCCUGGAAGCAGAAGACGGCGAGAGUCACCCCGCGAUGUUUCCAUUCGGUCAAGAAGUCCAGAAGAGUCUCACCGUUCACCAAGGCGGUCCACACCGCGAGAGACCGUCGAUGUGAAACCGAAAGACGAAGCCGCAACGAAGCGACGUCGCGUAGAAUCCCCGGAACGUCGUUCCGUACCGCAGGUUUCGCGAUCCUGGAGAUUCGACAGUCCGCCCCGCGACGCGAAUUUUGACGCGACAGGGAAUCCUUUUCUGAGUUCCGGAUUGAUUCCAAGCUCUGGAUCUUUGAACGGAAUUUCCGGAACUCUUUCGAGUCUUCUCUCCGGGGAGAGUCCUCUCCUGUCGUCUCCAAUGGGAAUUGUCGCGCAAACUCUCGGUCUAACGGCGGAACAGCACAAGGGGGCUCGGGAACUUUACGUCGGAAAUCUUCCACCCAAUCUUGAAGUCAAUCAACUCAUCGAAUUUUUGAAUGCAGCAUUGAUUUCGAUAAAAGCAUCUCCGUGGCCUGGCAAUCCAGUUGUUCGUGCAUGGAGUGCGUCUGAUAGUCACUUUGCUUUCGCUGAAUUUCGAACAAUUGAGGAAGCAACAGUCGGAUUACAAUUAAACGGACUCAACUGUUUGGGUUAUUCGCUGCGAAUAGGACGCCCUAAGACGUACCCAUCUGAAUACGCCCACCUUCUCGCUGCUCUUCCUCAGCCAAUGGCCGAGAUGCCAUUUGCUGUAGCGCAAUCGUCAGCCGCCGUCCAGGUUGCUCAAGCUGCAGCUGCUGGAAUCGAGAGACCGGAUCGCUUAGUUAUUUUGGAUCUGCCUGAUACGGUGUCUGAGAAGGAAAUCAAGCAGAUCUUGAGCAGCUACGGAAUUCUUAAAGUAUUCCAAUACUUCGAGGUUCCAGAAACUGGCGACUCCCCUGCUGCAGGAGUCUGUAUUUUUGAGUAUUGUGAGAUGGCCCAACAAAAAGCAAUGAGCAGUGGAAUGGAGCACCGCAUAGUUGGCGAAUCCCUGUUAAGGAUAGUUCCAGCAGAGGAGGCGAUCACUGAAGGCCGUCUAUCAGAAGUGAUGCAGAAGGCUGCAGAUGCAGGCCGGAAUCUGAGAGAGGAACUCGGAGGGGAUUUGAUGAAACCACAAAUAGCGACACGGUGCAUUAUGCUCGCAAAUCUUGUUACAAAGGAGGAACUCAAUGAUAACAAAGAAUAUUACGAAAUUGUGGAUGACAUUUCCUUGGAAUGCUCGGAGUUUGGAAAGGUGCUCAAGGUUGAAAUUCCACGUCCAAUUACCGGUUCAAAACCUGGCGAGUUCGACGAAUCAGAUGUUGGUUUCGCAUUUGUAGAGUUUGAAACGAUAGAAGGGGCAGGUGCUGCAAGAAAGGUAGGUGUUCAAAAAAGACGUGUAGUGGCAGUAACGAGCAGUAAGGAAUACGCGUCGAUUGCACAAAAUCCGGAGUUGGCUCGCAAAGCUGAAAUGGCGCAAGAGAAACCCUAUGAUAUAAGUGAUGGAGUGACAGUUGAUGAAACUAUGGGGGUUCCAAAUGGCGGUAUUGCAGAUGUGGUAGAAACUGUGGAGGGAGAUAAACAGCCUGAUGUUGUUGUCGGCCCUGAAGCGGGACCACCAACGGUACCGCAUUGUAAUUUCUAG